GGGUGUCUACGGCUUCAACAUACAUUUCUGUGUUUCCUUGUGUACGUACCGUACCGUUCCUUUCCUUUCCUCGUACGGCCUCACAACCAAUCCACUACGGUUCCUGAAAACUCGAAUAUCCAUAAAAGCUGCCCAUCCACCAAUUCUGCCAGCGUUGGGUUGGGCCUGGGAUAUGAGCAUCCAUUCGCGUAGAGCUUCGGUGCUCUUGUAUAAAUCCACCAAGUCAACCACCCAACUAUAUUCCACAUGUGCCCAAUGCCAAUUACAUGCACAACGCCCCUCAUGGCCCUUGCCAACCUCACUAUCCCACCACCAAACUCGAAGGAGGCAAUCCUCAUGGGCACAAGCCGUGUCAGUGGCCUCGAAUGUUUUUUCCAAUGCGGCGGCGCAAUCAGCUAGCCAAGGUGAAAUCACCGUAGAUCCCUUGCGGAUGGUAGCAAAAGAGAUGAAGUUUCUUACCGGCAACAUAAGGCAGCUUUUGGGGUCGGGGCAUCCAUCGUUGGAUACUGUGGCAAAAUAUUAUACACAGGGCGAAGGGAAGCAUGUGCGGCCAAUGAUUGUACUGCUGAUGUCUCGAGCUACUGCCGUGACACCAAAAUCUCCCAGACAUAACGGCCAGCAAGUCCCAAUAGAUAUUGACCGUGCGAUUUCACCAAUGGCUAUCCUUUCCGAUGUCAACCCUUCUUCGCCAACAAACAACCCUUUAACACACACAGAUACCUCAUACCCAGCCAGCGAAAGCGAUAUCCUCCCUUCCCAGAGACGACUAGCCGAAAUAACAGAGCUGAUUCAUACCGCUUCUCUUCUCCACGACGAUGUUAUUGACCAUUCUGUGUCACGCCGCGGACAUCCUUCAGCAAAUCUUGAAUUUGGGAACAAAAUGGCAGUAUUGGCGGGGGAUUUCCUUCUUGGGCGAGCUUCUGUAGCCUUGGCUCGACUUCGUGACCCGGAAGUGACCGAGCUUUUGGCAACGGUUAUUGCAAAUUUGGUAGAGGGGGAAUUUAUGCAACUGAAGAAUACUGCUCGAGAUGAGAAGAACCCAGUUUGGACGGAAGACACCAUCACAUAUUAUCUACAAAAGACAUACCUCAAGUCAGCAAGUUUGAUUUCCAAAUCCUGUCGUGCUACGGCACUCCUCGGAGGUUCAGACUCGAAAACGGUCGAUGCUGCAUAUUCGUACGGAAAGAAUUUGGGAUUAGCAUUCCAGUUGGUGGAUGAUUUGCUCGACUUUACCGUGUCUGAAAAGGAAUUAGGGAAACCGGCUGGUGCUGAUCUAGAGCUGGGUCUAGCUACCGCCCCACUGUUGUUUGCAUGGAAAGACAACAAGGAAUUGGGAGCUCUCGUUGGCAGGAAGUUCGGCAACGAGGGUGACGUUGCAAGGGUAAAUAUCUUCCAAUAUCCCAGAGUAAACAAAGCUUAACGCUUAACCAGGCUCGAGAACUAGUCCUCCAAAGCAACGGCAUCGAACAAACUCGAGCACUCGCAGAAGAAUACGCAAAUCGGGCAAUUGCCUCAAUCGAAGCAUUUCCAGAAAGUGAAGCAAAAGACGGUUUGAUUGAAAUGGCAAUUAAGACCUUGAAGCGAAGGAGUUAAUGUUGGUCGGCUAUGCUUUCCAUUUGAAAAUGGCCUGUAAAACUCCUCUUCCAUCGGCUUUAAAUGGCCAAAAAUGUAUAACGAAAACUUCUCCACGGGGAAGAAUUUUAGAUAGAUUAGUGUACAAUAUUUGAUGAGGCCAUGAUGGUUUUUAUGGAUCGUUUUAGAGACGGCAGAUCAAGAAUAGAUGGCUGGAAGCCUAUGAUGGAAAUAUUUGUUGAGAGUCGC